UCAGCCCUCAGCGGCGGGGCCGGCGCUGCCGGACCGGGCCCAGGCCCCAUCCCCGGUCCCGGCUCCGGUUCCCGGUGCUCGCCGCGGUGCUGAGGACCGGGUGGUGGCGUUGGGGGGGGGUGAGACUAAAAUGGCGGCGCCCUUCUCCCCGCCGUCUCCCGUACUCCCGUUGUCUGACGGCGGCUGGAAUCCCCGGAUGAAACGCCGCGCUCUGAUUGGCUGCCCACGCCGGUUGUACGGUGUCAUGGCGGCGCCCACAAUCUCCGACGGAAGUAACUUCCGGUCUUGCGCAGUCGGCGGCGGCGGCGGCCGGUCGGUGCGGCGGCGCCGGAACGGGACCGAGGCUCCCCCGCGCGGCUCCGGGGGGGGGUGCCCGUGUCCUGGGGCGCCCCCGUUGCCCCCCCCCAUGGCGGCCGCCCCCCCCGGCAGCGUCAUCGUGUUGGACGACGAGGACGAGGGGCCCCCCCCCGGGCCCUCGGGGACCCCCCCCAGCAAUGGGGAACCCCCCAGCGCCCCCCCGGGCCCCCCCCAGAGCGGGGGGGGGGGCAAAGGGGGGGGGCACAGGGCAGAGAAUGAGCGGCUCUUCGGAGAGUUCCUGGAGCUCUGCACCCACCUGACCGAGGACCACCCGGAGGUCAUCCCCUUCCUUUGCAGCCGCCACCAAAAGGCCACAUCCAGCUUCUUGGCCUCGGCGGAGCUCCACAACGUGCUGAGCCGCUGCUUGAGCCGCGUGCGCCUGCGCCGCAACAAGGUCUACGUCUACAUCAACGAGCUCUGCACCACCCUCAAAGCUCACACCCUGCGCCGCAAGUUACCCUUGGCCUCAGCACCCAGCACCCAUCCUCACCCUCCUCCGGAACCUCCUCCGGAACCUCAUCCAGAAGCCACCUCCUCAACAACGUCGUCUUCAUCUCCCACCGGUUCCAAGCGGCAGAUUCGCUACUUGGAGAACCUGCUACGGGUGUACACGGGGGAGAUCCGGCGCCUGCAGGAGCGGGAGCUGGAUUUGGCCGAGCUGGACAGCGAGGACUCGGCUUAUCUCCAGGAAAGCCGCCUCAAGAGGAGGAUGAUGAGGAUCUUCCAGCGGUUGUGCGAGCUGAAGCGUUGCAGCAGUUUGACGGGACGGGUGUUGGAGCAACGCAUCCCCUAUCGCGGUACCCGUUACCCCGAGGUGAACCGGCGCAUCGAGCGCUUCAUCAACCGCCCCGAGGUGUUCCCCGACUACAGCGACAUCCUCAAGGUCAUCCAAAAAGCCAACGGGCGCCACGGGUUGGGGUUGGCUCGGAAGCACAUGGAGAACAUGGCUCAAGAUGCCUUCCGGGAGGUGGGCAACCGUCUGCAGGAGAGGAGGCACCUCGACCUGGUCUACAACUUCGGGAGUCACCUCACGGAUCAGUAUCGGCCUGGCACGGACCCGGCGCUGGGGGACCCGGAGCUGGCGAAGCGGCUGCGCAGGAACCGCACGGUGGCGCUCACGCGCCUCGACCGGGUCAUCGCCCACUUCGCGCAGCUGCAGGACGAGAGCGAGGAGGAGGAGCGCGGCCGGCGGCGGCGCAGGGGGAACCCAGGGAGGAGCCAAGCCCGGGAGGAAGAGGAGGAGGAAGAGACGGAGGAAGAGACGGACGAGGAGGAGGAGGAGGAGGAGGAGGAGGAGGAAGGCGACAGCUCCGACGGCUCCCAUGGGAAGGCUGAGGAGGAGGAGGAGGAGGAGGAGGAUGAAGCUGCCCCCUUGGAGCUCCAGAGCCCCCGUGGACGGAGGGAGGAGGAUGAAGGUGGCACCUCCAAGGUGGAUGUCACCCAUGGCCAAGCCAAGAGGGAUGAAGGUGACACCUCCAAGGCCAAUGUCACCUAUGGAAGGCUCGAGGAAGAAGAAGGUGACACCUCCAAGGCCAACGUCACCCAUGGCCAAGCCAAGAGGGAUGAAGGUGCCACCUCCAAGGCCAACAUCACCCAUGGCCAAGCCAAGAGGGAUGAAGGUGCCACCUUGGCGCUCGGUGGCACCCAUGGGCAUGAGGAGGAGGAGGAGGAGGAAGGUGCCACUUCCCAGGUCAAUGUCACCCAUGGCAGAGCCAAGGAGGAGGCUGAAGGUGCCACCUCCGAGGUCCCCGUCACCCAUGGGCAGGCUCCGGGGGCACCCUCAGCCCUUGAUGCCACCCAUGGCCCAGCCGAGCAGGAGGAGGCCACCAGCGCCGCGGCACCAGGUGCCCCCCCCAUGGAGCUGAAGGCACCAGAGGAGCCCAAGGAGCCCGAGCUCUUCAUGCUGGAGAUCGAGACGUUGCCAAUGGAACCCAAUGAGACCCCCCCGAGCUCCCCCCCCGCCAUGGGCGCAUCGGAGGCCACCCCAAAAGGGGCUUCUCCAACUGCGCCCCCCCUCAUUCCCUCCCCCCCCCUCCUCCCCCCCCCCCCGGCCUAUUCCGGACCAUUGGGGAAGGGCUCGGUGCCCCCCCCCCCGCUUUCCGCCUCCCCCUUUUCCUGCAUCCCCCAGGGAAAAGGGGGUUCCCGCUGGAGAACGGGGGGGGGGGGGGGGCAGGGGGGGGGCCGCCAUCAGCUCCACCAGUUGCAAUGGGAGCGCUGAGGAUGGGGGGGACCCCCCCGUGGUGCCCCACAAGCGGAGCCGCAGGGACCUGCCGGGGGGGGGCAGCCCCUGCAUCGAGGUGCACAGCGUGGGCUCGGAGGAUGAGGAUGAGGAGGGGGCG